GAUAGAAGACAAUAUCUCUUAGAAAAAUCAGUCAAAAGUAACGGAUUUGAAACGCCAUCUCCAAAAUCAAUAAAUGGAAGGACAAAUGACAUCAAUAUCUGUGACGUUGAUUACUUAUAAUUUUCACGGAAAAUCCUCACUUUAUGGCCAAGAAUCCUUCAAAGUUCAACAUUUUGGUGACAUUUUCACCUUAUCUUAAAGAAAAGAGAAACAGAAGAGGAUUGGUUUGUGGGUCUGACAUGUCCAUCGACACCGAGUCGCCUCGUUCUCUGCUGAUAUGUCCUCAACGUGUAGAGGUAGAGCUGUAAAAUCAAAAUUGAAAGAGAGGUAAGUGGCUUUGUAUUCCUCAAGCUUCAUUUUCGUUGUUUGAAUCCACAUGCAGAUGUUAGGGAGUUCUGUAAGAGCUUCAACAAAUCAUAGACAACACUAUUUUCUCGAAAACCCUUCGUUAUUAUCAUCUCUUAGACACAUCUCAUCAAGCAAAAGCAAUGGAAAUGCAAAUCAACACUCAUUUACUGUUUCUUACCUCGUUAACAAAUGUGGGUUUUCUCUAAAAUCUGCAUUAGAAGCUUCUAAACGUGUCCGUUAUGAAACCCCACAGAAACCCGAUUCUUUACUUGGCUUCUUCAAGGACCAUGGCUUCUCAGAGAACCAAACUUUAAAACUUACCAGUAAAUGCCCUGAACUGCUUUUGUACAAUCCAGACAAAACCCUUUUACCCAAACUUGAGUUUUUGUAUUCUAAAGGUGUUUCAACCGCUGAUGUUGCUAAAAUCAUAUCCUUCUACCCUUGGAUUUUGAGAUGCAGCUUAGAAAACCAGUUAGUCCCUACUUUUGAUUUUUUGAAAAAUUGGUUCCCAAAUGAUACCAUUGUUCAAGUAUUCAAAAGUAGUCCUCUUGUUCUUCAACUUAAUCCUGUAACUGUGAAAUAUAUUUCCCAGAUUUUGCGAGAUAAUGGAGUGCCUGACAAGAAUAUUGUUAUGCUAGUUCGUAGCCACCCUAAAACAUUGUUGAUGAGUCCAAAGAAAUUUAACAUGGUGCUGUGCAAAGUGAGGAAAAUGGGAUUAGAUCCUUGCAAGACUCAGUUUGUCGUCGCGAUCCUAGCAUUGACGUCCAUGAGCAGAUCCACAUGGGAAAAGAAACUUGAUGUAUAUAUGAGAUGGGGUUUGUCCCAUGAAGAGAUUCUUGCAGCAUUUGCAAAGUCUCCAUGGUUUAUGACCCUAUCUGAAGAGAAGGUUGUGGCAGUGAUGGAUCUUUUUGUCAACAAAUUGAGCUGGGAAUCUUCUUUUAUUGCCAAAAACCCAACACUUGUCUCGUAUAGCUUGGAAAAGAGGCUCACUCCAAGGGCUUCGGUUUUGCAAUUUCUAGUGUCUCAAGGUUUGAUUGAGAAGAGUUUCAGAAGCACUACAUUCUUCAUUGCAUCUGAAAAUAAGUUCCUGCAGCAGUUCAUAAAUCAGCGUCCUGAAUCUACCCAGAUAUUGAAACUGUACCAGGAGAAAUUGAAUCUUUCAAGAUAAAGGAUCAUAGAUGAAAAGGGUACAGUGGUUUUCUAGCAGUUCUAAGCUCUUUCACAUUUUAAUCACAAUCACCUCAUGUUUCCUUUGAUUGUUUCAACUGAUCUAAUCGUGUCCUUUGUUUCUAAUUUCACCAUUUGAUUUGGAUGGAAAGGAUGGAUUGAGGUCUUGCAGUUCUAAACUCCUAUUAUUUUUCCUGAUUUAAUUCCAGUUGUAAAAGUACUGUAAAUGAGUUAUUGAAUUCUUUGCUUUCAUCCAGAUUGAAUCUUACGCUCAACAACAAUUCUUUUGGUCAUCCAUCAUGAUUCAAUAACAAUCCCUUCCCUGUCUUGUGUGAACUCCAUGAUUGUUUUUAUGUGGUCACUUUUGUGAAUGUAGUUGAAAAAUCCACACAUAUGCUGAUAUGGUCUGUAGACUUGAGGAAUAUUUUGGCUUCUGCAAGGCACUCUGCUUGAUGGAAAUUGCUCUGAGAUUUCAAAGAUAACGGUGCAACCUUCGUUCUUUGGAUUCUUGCUUUCUCAUACUUGUGGGAAACUUCUUGUAAUGGUGGAACUCUACUGUGCUUGGUUCUUACAGAAAAAUUGUGGAUGGAUACUGUGCAGAGACACCUUUUUUGCCAUACUUUUUUGGUGGUGGGUGAGUAAUGAAAUUGGGAAACCAUUAGCAAGACAAAGCAGACAUUCUCUGGGAUUGUUUCUUGAUAUAACUUGGGAAAAUAAUGCACACUUGUUUUAAUAUAGUUAAUUUUGUAUUUGGAAGCUUUCUUACUAAAAUCUUUUGCUGCCAUUGAGUAA